UUAUGUGAGUCCGGUGACUGAAACUGUGACCUCAGAGGCGUCUGGCAUCCCACCCCACUCCGGUCGCAUAAAUACCGCCGACAGAAGAACGGAGGGCGUUCGCGCACGGAGGAGUCCACCCGCCGUUAACUUAAGAAGAUGGCUACGAGUUCCGAAGUCGGACACGGCAAAUAUAGACUGUUUGCUCUCAUCGUGCUUUUCAACAUAUCGUUAAGCGCCGCGGUCAGUCUCGAUUUAACGGAGCUGCGGAAUAAAGUUUCCAAAAUAAAAGUGCAUCCGCGUGGGAAUCUCUGGGCGACAGGUACGUUUUCAUUUAGCGCUGUGUUCGGUGGUCGUGCCGAUGCUAAAUCCGCGACUGGUGGUCUUCCUGCAGGUCACUUCAUGGGUAAGAAGAGCCUUUCAAACAGCCAGCUCCAGGACCCUCCGUCCUCCUCGAAGCGUCCCGGGAAUGCUUUGGGAGAGUCGGGGAGUUCAGAGGACCUGAAGGAGCUGAUCACUCAGGAGGUGCUCAGGGUCGCUCUUCAGGCUCAGCUUGAAGAUCCAAGGAGGACGCGAGGGCUUUAUGACCAGGAUACGGACUUCAUGGUAAAGCUUUUGAAAAACUACAUUGAAAAAAGGAACUUGUAGAUAAUGCUGUUGAUAUAAUUGUAAUAAAAUGUUAUUUUGACAACCC